CAAAAAAAACUGUCAACCGGAAAAAUGACGUCAUCAUAGUUCACUACGUCACCGCGUGCCGUGACGUCACCGGCGCGAGCCCCCACAAUCCCGUGCGCGAGCGAGCGAGCGAGCAUGGAGGGUGGCGUGGAUGGAAGGCCGCGCUGCCUCUCGGCGAUACAUUCGGAUGUGGACGACGACACAUGCGUCACGUUCGUGUUGAAUGGCGAGGACCACACUCUGGGCAACCCGCUGCGCUACAUGGUUAUGAAGAACCCUGACGUGGACUUCUGCGGUUAUAGCGUGACACAUCCGUCGGAGGAUAAAAUCAACUUUCGAAUUCAGACACGAGGAAUCCCAGCUGUCGAUACGUUCCGAAGGGGCUUGUGUGAACUGACGACAGUUUGUGAGCACAUACUUGCCACGUUUGAGGCGAGCGUGAAAACCUACAACGCAAGUCACGGCAUUGCAGACCCGAUGGAUGAUUCGUAAUAAUAAUGUACAUCAAGCUGUUAUUGUGUCACAUGUAGUGUUGCUCUGUGUUCACAUCUACUUUUCGUACGUUGUUGAAUUGUUCAAAAUACAAUUUUUAUGCAAAACACUUUAAAAAUGUUCUCCUAAAAUAAAGUACGAGCAAAGAUAUUUAUUUUAGCAGAUGCUGUGUGAAGUACAAAGCUAACCAUCGCCAACAGUUUUAUUCCAAACAUUUACAAAAUAAAGUCUUCUCCGUUUGAGGCUGGUUGACCCCUCUAUACCAGUAACAUCUCACUCACAAUCUGUUAAGCACAAAUAUCUAUAUUAUAAACAUGUCAAAAUUAAAAUGACCAAGGGUAGCAGUACAGUGUUUUCACUGCACGUCAGAUAUGGCAAAUGCAGUUAAAUUACCACAAUUUUUUUAAUGCAGUUCCAGGAUAGCAAAUUAACAUCUUUGUCUGAUGUCUUUUUCCCAGUCACCUAACGCUGAAUGAAGCUCUGUAAAACCUUCCUUUGGCACUUUAGCGUUGCGUGACUGUGGGGCCUUAAAUCAUGGGGAAAACGAGUGAUGUUUGUAAGCACGUAAUUUACCUUCAAGGCCUAUUUAGCCAAGCCAGGACACAAGCUGAAUGUGCUCUUAGUUUUUUUUUUAUGUUCUAGGGGUAAUUAAAGCUACAUAACGCAGCUACUUAUGAGUGUUCUGUUUGCAGCAUUGGCUGCAACUUCGCAAGAGAAUUUCAAAUAAAUGUUGAUAAACUGGGUGAGUAUUGAGGCUUUAAUACUGACCUGCAAAGCUUUUGUAAAAAAAUGUUGAUGCAUUAUCCAUGUGCAUUCAGCAUUUCACUGACUGCAGUUGCAAAGAAUAAAGGUUCUGGUGCAGGA